ACGUCAGCGCCUUCCCGAGUCAUUGUCGACAUGGCGCAGGCGGAGGCGCAGCGCGGAGUUUUCGCACAGCAAACCUUGUGAAAUUACAUUUCGCAGCGAGGACGACGGCAGAAGUUCCAUCCUAACAGGAAAGUUUAGUUGUAAACAGUUCAGACUCCGGUUUUGGUUAACUAAACAGGUUGAAGAUGAUGUCUGAUGCGAGUGAUAUGUUGGCUGCUGCUUUGGAGCAAAUGGAUGGCAUUAUAGCAGGCUCUAAAUCUCUUGACUAUUCCAAUGGGAUUUUUGACUGCCAGUCUCCAACCUCACCAUUCAUGGGAAGCCUGCGGGCGCUGCACCUAAUCGAGGAUCUGAGGGGGGUUUUAGAGCUCAUGGACACAGAAGAGAGAGAGGGAUUGCGCUGCCAGAUACCUGACUCGACAGCACACAGUCUGGUGGAGUGGCUACAGGGACAUCUAUCAAAUGGCCACAUUUCAGUGACUGGUGAUAUUUACCAAGACAGACUUAAUCGCCUUGAAAGUGACAAAGAAUCCCUCGUUCUUCAGGUGAGUGUCUUGACGGACCAAGUAGAAGUCCAAGGAGAAAAGAUAAGAGACUUAGACUUGUGCCUUGAGGAACAUCGUGAAAAACUGAAUUCCACUGAGGAAAUGCUACAACAGGAGCUUCUCUGUAGGUCAGGUCUUGAGUCUCAGAAGAUGGAGCUGAUGGCUGAGAUUUCAAAUUUAAAGCUAAAGCUGAAUGCCAUGGAGAAGGAGAGAAUUGACUUUGAUGAACAAUUCAGAGAUAGUGAGGGUUUGAUCCUAGAGAUUAAUGAGCUGAGGUAUCGCAAUUCUGAGAUGGAGAACGAACGGUUGCAGUAUGAGAAGAAACUAAAGUCUACAAAGGAGGAGCUGGCUAUAUUAAGAAGGCAGCUGGAUGGUAAAGAUGGAGAACUAAGGAGGCUACAGGAUGAGACAGGGUCCAGAUCACCCACACCUGCAGGCUUAGAAACCACUGAGAGAGAGGAUACUUUUAAGCAGAAGCUCAAAGAGAAACAUUUGGAAGUGCAAAGAAUGAAAAAAGCAGUUGAGUCACUUUUGGCAGCCAAUGAAGAAAAGGAUCGCAAGAUUGAGGAGCUUCGGCAGUCACUUACACGUUACAAGAAGGUGCAAGACUUGGUCAUGUCAGUGCAAGGUAGAAAAGAUAAAUUAAAAGAAGAAGAAAGUGAUGAGAGCUACAGUGACAGCUCUCUCACCAUGUCAAUAGCAAUGUCAGUUUCCAUGGAUGCCGAUAAGUCCGUCCUGUCGUGUGCUGAGGAAGUGAAGAGUCAAGAUGAGCCGACGACUUUUCUCAGCACGCUGCAUGUGCCUUCGCUCGCAACCACACCACAAACCAAACCAGAGGCUGAUGUAAACCUGGAGCCAGUGCAGUCACAGAGUGAUUCAGUGCAUCAGGAGCCAAGUCAGUCACAGGAGCCCGUGAUAAAUACCAGUCUGGAAAGUGUGGAGGUUCCCAAAUCCAGCAGCCUGAACAAAUUGGAUGGCAGCACUAGUGAAAAGAGGCCUUUGGCAGUUGGAAAGAGUCCAGCAGAGAGUCGUGCUUUUGAUGAGUUCAACAAGAUUACAACCUUACCACCAAAGUCCACUAGCAGCUCCCGUGCUGUUGAAGAUGACACUUUUGGCACAAAGAAGGCCAGAUCCUCCUUCGGACGAGGUUUCUUUAAGCUUAGGGGAGGCAAGAGGACAGCCAGCGCUCCUAAUCUUGCUGCAACAGAGCACAACGGCAUGGACCAUCUGGAUCUUGCAGGGAUGCCACAGAAUUCAAGCAACAGUGACAGUACAAACACUCUCUCCAGCUGCCUAGAGGGCAAGAAGAAGUCGAAGGGAAUCAAAGCAUUCUUAGGAAAGCUUACAAGAAGUCAGUCAACAACCUUCACCUUGGAUGACAACCUCUCAGAGAACGAGUUCAAACGGGGAGGAGUCCGAGCCACAGCCGGUCCCAGGCUGGGAUGGUCACGUGACCUGCACAACACAAACAGUGAGGUGGAUGCUCCAUUUGCACGUUGGUCCCGGGAGCAGGUGUGUGACUGGAUGCAGGAGCAGGGACUGGGGCUAUAUGUGAACCUGGCCAGACAGUGGAUUUCCUCAGGACAGACUCUCCUACAGGCUUCUCCACAGAACUUAGAGAAGGAGUUGGGGAUCAAGCAUCAUCUACACAGGAAGAAACUGCAACUGGCCCUUCAAGCACUGGGCUCUGAGGAGGAAGACAACAAAGGCAAACUAGACUACCAAUGGGUGACGAGGUGGCUUGAUGAUAUUGGACUUCCUCAGUACAAAACUCAGUUUGAUGAGGCAAGAGUGGAUGGGCGAAUGCUUCACUACAUGACUGUGGAUGAUCUGCUGUCUCUGAAAGUGGGAAGUGUUCUGCAUCACCUCAGCAUCAAGAGAGCUAUCCAAGUUCUCCGCCUCAACAAUUACGAGCCCAAUUGUCUACGCCGUAGACCCUCAGAUGAGAACAACAUCACCCCAGCAGAAAUCUCUCAGUGGACCAAUCACCGUGUGAUGGAGUGGCUGCGUUCUGUAGAUCUGGCAGAAUAUGCACCCAAUUUGAGGGGCAGUGGAGUCCAUGGAGGUCUGAUGGUUCUCGAACCUCGUUUUAAUGUGGAAACAAUGGCACUGAUCCUGAACAUUCCUCCAAACAAGACUUUGCUCAGAAGGCACCUGGCGACUCACUUUAACCUGCUGGUUGGUUCGGAGGCUCAGCAGACGAAGCAGGAGUGUAUGGAGAAUCCUGAUUACAUUUUACUCACUGCAACUGCUAAAGUCAAGCCACGAAAACUGGCAUUUGGGACCUUUGGGACUUUGAAGAAGAAGAAGCAGGAGGAUAGUGAUGAGUAUGUGUGCCCCAUGGAUGUGGAGAUGCCAAAAGGACACAGUUUCCAGAAAGGCUUUAGAAGCAUGGAGCUGCACAUUUACGAGGAUGAGCUGGACAGACUAGAACAGAUGGAGGAUUCAGAGGGCACUGUGCGACAAAUUGGAGCUUUCUCAGAAGGCAUCAACAACCUGACGAGUAUGCUGAAAGAUGACGAGCUCUUUAAGGAGGUUAGAACAUCAUCCCCCAACAUUAGCGUGACUGACGACGACUCCAACGUUUGAGGAAUUUUUUUGGGCCCAACUGCCCAUAGUGGUGCUGCUGUGAUCAAAACUGACUGUGCCAACCUCUCUGCACAUCUCUCUCUCUCUCUCUCUCUCUCCCUCUCUCUCUCACUCUUAUCUGUCAGUGCUAGCUAUACAUUGUGAGUGUAUUCCUUUUAUGUAAACUCUCAUAAAAAAGCUACAAUACAGUAUUUGCCACAGUACAGUGCAGAGUAGGUGUCAUUCUUCAAGUUAAAAUAUGUGUCAAGGUUGUGAAUAUGUCUCUCUGGAGCGGUUAUAAGAGUGUAUUGAAUAGUCAGUCUCAUCUUUGCUUAAUAUUUUAUAAAUAUUAUGUAGUUUCAAUUACGUAUUUUUAAGGAGAGUUUUUAAGGGAAAAUUAGCAGUUCUACUGUAGUUUGCCUCCGAACUGCAACUGGAGAUUUGUUGUUGUUUUUUUUUUAAUGGACUUCCACCCCAUCUGUUGUGUCCAGUAUGGCAAACGGUGCACAGUGACACUUUUAUCCUUUAAAUAAUAGAAUUUAUUUUGAUGAGAAAUAAGAUUUUUUUAAAACUACAGUAAAAAAAAAUUAAAAACUCCUUCCAUUAAGAACUGUUAUAUUCCACAAUGAUCACAAGAUAUCUGCCAUAUUUACAUUUUUCUUAAAAACCUUUCACAGUAUUUGAUGUAUUUAUAGGUCUAUUUGACCAUAAUGUGUUUGCAUGCAAUAUCUUCAACACUACAAAAGCUCAGUACUUGCCUUGUAAAGGAAUGGUGGCCCAUCCAGGUCAUAUUCCUGCCUUGUGCCCAGUGUUCCUGGGAAAUACACCGUAUCCUCCAUGACCCUAACCAGAAUAAAGACAUUACUUCAGAUGAAAUGUAAUGAAAACUCAGUGCAAAGUAUUGGAUGCCCUAUUUGUACAGUUGAAUUUUAUUUAAUCUUUGCUCUCUCUCUCUCUCUCUCUCUCUCUCUCUCUCUCUCUCUCUCUCUCUCUCUCUCUCUCUCUCUCUCAAUAUUGUGCAUCAGUUAACAUAUCAAAAUUGUUCUUAUUACACAUCAAAGCAAUGUUAUUGUUUUUACCAGCCAUAAUUGUAUGUUGUCUUAUGCACAUUUGUAAAAGGUCAAUAAAUUAAAGUAAAGCAUAA